AUGACCUACGAGUCCGUGAUUUCUUCAUACACCACAAAUGGCUCCCGAAUCGGGUUAAAGAUUCAGCAGGACGGUGAUCAAGGAUCGGUGGCGUGCCCCCGCGAGCCGGACGGAAGACGUCGAUCACCAAGGAGCUCCUAUAUACUCAUCGCUGCACAAUACAAGCUUUUAGUAUGGAUUCGGGAUAAUUGUCCGUGGUACCCCCCCAACGGGUCUUACGAUCUCUCUGAAUGGCAGAAAGUGGGAGAAUGCUUGCAAGCGCGACUAAUUGUUGAUCGUGAUGUUGAUCCCGAUAAUAUUAUAACAUGGCGUGUCAUAUAUACGGCAUUAAGAACAUUCCUCCCUACCGAUAAAGUGUUUGUUAACUCGGAUUUUCCGCCUCCACCGGCUGAUUUAUUGGAGGACACAGCUCCUGCUAGUUCAGACCCUAACGCUGAGCCUGUCUGUGAGUCAGCUCAGCAACCGCAGCUGCCGUUAGCUGCUACGGGAGGAGCAGCCAAUGACUUAGACUCACAGAUACCUGAGGAUCUCUUUGAUCCAGAUCCUAUUGACUCUGAUCAAGAGCUUGAUUUAUACCCGUCCUUAACUCCGGUUAAAGCUAUGGUAGCUUCUGCGCCAACCGCAGAUCAGAUUUUACAAAGAACUAAACGACUGACUGCUAGUCGUGCCUCCAUUACGUGUCCGCCACCUUAUGCUCCUUCUCUGGAUGUGCCUCCUAAUAAUUCUCAUGAUAAGGCAAGACGGGAGCUCGUGGAAGAGUGUAGAAAAGGGGCUUUGCAAGAUGGUGAUAUGGAAAUGUUUCAAGCUAUGCCUGCUAUCUAUAGACCCCAGCAGCUUCCUCACUAUGAGACGCUGACGUACGAAGCUAUCAAAGAGUUAAGAAAAUCCGUUAAGGAAAAUGGUUUACAAUCCUCCUUUACUAUUAGUUUGCUGGAAGCGAUAUCGGAGUCAUAUACUAUGGUUCCUGCAAAUUGGAAAAUGGUGUUAAAGUUGAUGUUAACAGCAGGACAAUAUUCUAUCUGGUUAACAGAAUAUCGUGAGUUGGUUGCUGCCCAAGCAUUAGAAAAUUUGACAGCUGGGCAUGCUAUCAGGGCUGAUCACUUGAUGGGAGAAGGGCAAUACGCAAGUCCAGCAGCGCAAGUUCAAAUGGAUAGAUUAGCUUUCCAGCAAGCAUCUACGCUGGCCUUACAGGCUUUAAAGCGAGUUCCCGAUGGUCAACGUACAGAGCGGUCAUUUGCGAGUAUCCGCCAGGGAGCACAAGAGCCUUACAUAGACUUCAUAGACCGUUUGCAGACAGCUAUUUCUCAACAAAUCGAACUUCCAGAAGCUGCUGAACUUUUGUUAAUGCAAUUAGCAGUGGAAAAUGCUAACACUCAAUGCCGCAGGGCUUUAGACCCUAUACGUGGCAAGGCUACCACUCUGAAUGAUCUUAUUAGAGCGUGCCAGCAUGUAGAAACAGAAGACCACAAAUUUGAGAUGUUAGCAACAGCACUGGCUCAAAACCUAACUGUAGCUCGUGCUUCUGUUAAAUGCUUUUCGUGUGGGCAGGACGGACACAUGAGAAAGGAUUGCCCAAAAAAAAAGCGAGAGAGGGAUAAAACUCCGAAUGAGUUAUGUCCUCGGUGUCAGAAAGGAUAUCACUGGAGCAAUCAAUGUCAUUCUAAAUAUGAUAAAAAUGGUAAUCUUUUACCCACUCCGCGGUCGAGAAACGCCAAGAGGGGCGCGUGGUCCGGUGCCCCACGCAAUCCCAACAGGGCCCAAGGGCAGAUGCUGCAAUUAGCACCCCAGCAGGGGAAUGGACAAGCAAUGCAGGCAUCAUCCCCCGCCGUGCCACCCCCGGGAGUGCCGGGCUGGACGUGGCAACUGCCGCCACAACUAAUGUAA